GUAAAAUACAUAAGUUACGCGGUAAUGUAAUGUACAUACGUGUAUUAUACACCGGCGACCGUCCUCACGGUUCUCGCAACCACCAAGGCAGUCCACCACCACAAGGGCGGAAACCGUGCUCAUCUCAAGCCACCCAAACCCUACAAAAAUAAUCCCAAAUAAAGCCAUGUCAAUACCAAGCAGCUCCGGUAUCCCGCUCUCGCACGCGCCCGACGGAACGGGCUACAAGCUUCUCGAGCUGCCACCGGAGCUGCUGGAGCUGCUCGAGAGCCAAGACCGACCACCCACCCUCACCCUGCACCCCUCACCAACCGCCGCCCUCCUCAAGACCCCGUCCAAGACCUACUCCCUCCGCCAAAAGAACACCUCCAACGCCCUCAUCCUGCUCGCACCCACCAGCAGCAGCAGCAGCAACACACCCAGCGACGGACGAGCAGCAGCAGCAGCAGCAGAAGCAGCGGGCGGGCUGAGCACCAUCGCCACGGUGCACGACACGACGGAGCUCGUGCCCGAGGACGAGGCGGCCGCGGCGCCGGCGGCCAAGGCGAGGGGGAAGUGGCAUGAGAAGUUUGGGCGGGGGCGUUAGGUAUUUAGAGGGUUUUGUUAUUUAGUUGUGUGCACGCACGCAAGGUCGGUUUGAGAGCAGGUGAGUGAGUGAGAGGAGGAGUGAGGUGUCGGGGACACACGGCCGGUUCUGUCGAUGGG